AUAUAAAUAGAGAUUAGCUUAGAGAUAUGAGUAGCAAAUUAAUACAAACAUGGCUGAUGAAGUGAAGCUUUACAGGACAUGGUCAAGUCGAUUUGGUUUGAGGAUAGUUUGGGCGCUACAUAUAAAAGGGAUUGAAUAUGAAGCCAUCUUUGAAGAUUUAAGCCAGAAGAGCCCUCAACUCCUUCAGUAUAAUCCUGUUCACAAAAAGAUUCCUGUACUUGUACACAAAGGCAAACCAAUCUGUGAAUCACUCGUAAUUCUUGAAUAUAUUGACGACACAUGGAAGGAAGCAACUCCUUUGCUACCACAGGAUCCUUACGAGAAAGCCAUGGCACGUUUUUGGGCCAAAUUUGUGGAUGACAAGCUUCUGCCAUCAAUAUGGAAUGUUUUCACAGUAAAAGGAGAUGAAGAGAAAAAGGAAGCUCUUAUUCCAGCAGUGCAAAACCUAGAAACCAUUGAAGAGCAAUUGAAAGAGAAGAAAUUUUUUGGUGGAGAAAGUAUAGGAUAUGUGGAUCUUGCAUUUGGUUGGAUGGCGUAUCUUCUUGAUGUGUUUGAAGAGGUAAUCAAUUUGAAGUUGUUUGAUGCAGUCAAAUUUCCUCUAUUAUCAAGAUGGAUGAAAAACUUUCAUGAUGCUCCAGCAAUCAAACAACACUUGCCACCUCGAGACAAACUAGUAACCAAAUACCAACUGCUUCAUGAAAAAUACCAGACAACAAAUUAAAUGGUGAAAUUUCUGCAGUAUGUGUCUUAAUAGUUUAUGGAAAUAACAACAAACUGAUUGUGGAACUGUUUGUAUGAUGAAGUACUUUUGGAUGCUUUUUUGGACUAUAUAUCAGGAAUAAUACAAGUUUGGAUGUCACUUUUCCCUUCCCUUUUCUUUUCCUUUUGCUUUUUCCCUUUACUUUUUCUCUACAUCAAAGUUGUCUUCAAUUUGUCCCGCUCAGCUUGUUAACUUUCAUGAUGUUAUGCAAAUGAAAAGACGUAAUUCUCUCAA